GUUAGGUUCAUGGAGCAGAGGUGAAGAAUAUGUAAAUGAUUUAGUUGGAAAUAUGAAUCAUUGGAGUUCAGGUUGGGUAGAUUGGAAUCUUGCUCUUGACAUGAUUGGUGGACCUAACUGGGUAUCAAAUUUUGCCGAUGCUGCGAUAAUUGUGAAUGCUGAAAAACAAGAAUAUUAUAAGCAGCCGAUGUACUAUGCACUGGCUCAUUUCAGUAAAUUUUUGAAACCAGGAUCAACCAGAUUAGGUUUUAAAGUUACUAAUCCAGAUGAUAAUGUUAGAUCGACUGUAUUUAAAACUGAAGAAAAUCAACUUGUUGUUAUUACCGUAAACAACAAUGAUUAUGCUGCCAACUUGACUAUUGAAGGAUUUGCCGAAAAUGUAGUUGGUUUAACUCUCGGGCCCCGUUCAUUCCGAACACUAGUCAUUAACAAUAGUUGAUUAAACAAAUUCAACUCGGAUAACCUUCAUGUUAAUUGAUUUUAAAGUUUAAAUUUUAUUAGUAAUACAGUAUUAAAAUAAAUUUUGAAAUAAUAAAACUCA